AUGGGGUCCUCAGCUAUCUUCUUAGCGUUCCUGGUAUCCCCCGUAUUUGCGGCUGUUCAUGAAGUAUGGUGGAAUCUCACCUACGUCCAUGGCGUCAAUCCCGACGGCCUUGCGGAACGUCGAGUAAUUGGAGUGAACAAUACAUGGCCGCCACCACCGAUUGACAUUCAGACAUCCGAUUCCCUAGUGAUUCACGCGCUCAAUUCUCUAGACCAACCUACGUCUCUCCACCAUCAUGGUAUUGUAUCCAACUCUAUGCCUUGGAUGGACGGUACACUUGGUGUAUCAGAAUGCGGCAUACCUCCCGGAGGAACUUUUGACUACGUCUUACCGAUAAAUGCCUCCAAUCAAACGGGUACCUAUUGGAUAUCCGCCUUCGCCAGUGGCCAGAGUGCUGAUGGUCUUCGAGCACCGGUGGUCCUUCACGCCUUCAAGGAAACCUAUUCCUAUGACGCAGAAUUCACUGUCGUUCUUGGCGAUUGGUAUCACACCGAGUACAGUACUCUUCGCGAUGAAUUUCUCAGUGUUGGAAACCCUGCAGGUGUUGAACCCGUACCUGACUCGGCCAUCAUGUAUUUCGCCCAAAACGCUUCGUACCUGCCACCUAUAUCGGGGGGCUCAUCGUCCUCCUCGGUAGGCUUCAACCGGGACGCUACGUUACCGUUCGAGACCGGGAGGACCUAUCGUCUGCGGGUCAUAAACACAUCCGCCUUCGCGACGUUUUUCGUUUGGAUUGAUGGACAUGAUAUGAGGAUCAUUGAAGCAGAUGGGACCGAAGUUAACGAAACACCAGUCGAUGACCUAAGUCUCGCUGUCGGGCAGCGGUACUCAGUGUUGGUCACUUCGAGGGCAGAUCGCUCCUCCAACUGGGAAAUUCAUGCCAACAUGGAUGCCCGUAUGUUCAGGGACGUCCAAAAUAACGUUCAACCCAACAUCACUUCCUCAAUUACGUAUUCCACCUCCGCCCCGAUCACGAACAACCGUACCACCUCGCAGUAUACAUUGGUCAAUGAUAUGGCACUAGUCCCGGUUCAGCCGCAACCAGUUUCUGCCUCUACCAAAACCAUAGAUCUGGAGGUCAAUUUCGAAACCCUGGACGACGGGAAGAAUUAUGGGAUGUUCAAUCGCACCACAUAUAAUCUUCCGAAUGUUCCAGCUUUGUUGAGCGAACUCAGCCUUGGAAACGAUGCUUCCGUUGAACAAGCGUACGGCCCGCUUAGUUUCGUUGUGAACCGAAGCGAUGUUGUGGAUUUGGUUGUGAAAAAUGGCGACACUCGAUCACAUCCUUUCUACUUCCAUGGACACCAGCCUAUGCUCGUCAAUCGCGCAACAGACUAUAAAUCAUCCGAUACCUCGCUGAACCCUCCCGUAUCGAACAACUUGUCAAACCCCAUGCGGAGGGAUACAGUGUACAUCCCUGCUGGAGAGUCAGUGACUCUCAGGUUCGUUGCCGAUAAUCCUGGUGUCUGGCUUUUCCAAUCCUCGAAUACCUGGAGUUUAGACGCUGGUCUGGCGUUACAGAUUAUUGAAGCACCUUCGGACGCUCAGAAUUUCAAGAGCGAUGUUCCUCAGAAGUUGUUUAACAACUGCGCAGCAUUAGGAAAACCGUCGUCCGGAAAUGCAGCUGGGCAUUCGUCGGCUGAUGAUUUGAGCGGUUUGACGACGGGACCGUUCCCGCAACGAUUUGGGUGGACGCCCAAGGCAAUUGGGGUUAUGUUCUCAUGCGUACUUGCAGCGGUACUUGGGAUGACUUGCGUUGUGUGGUAUUCCUUUGGUGGGGAUAUCACGGACGAGGAAUAUGAACACGAGGCGAAGAUGAAGUACGAAGCAAAAGAGAAGAGAAGCAGGCUAUUCGGGCUUCUUCGUCUUAAGGGUUCGAGUUGA